GCCAAAGUUGCUUGUAACUUUAUUUAUUUAGCAAGCUAGAAAAUUACACUUAACAAGUGGUUGGCUUUAAAAUCAUCUACAGGAUUUACGAGUAAAAAUAUACAAAAGGUUGUUUAAACAGUCAUAGCAAUCAUGUCUAAGAGAGUUGAGGCUUGGAAGAGUUGGUGGGAUGAAAGGCAAAUUGGUUUUCAUCAAUCAGAUGUACACAAGAUGUUGUCUAAACACCUUGCUAAACUAAUUCCCGAUGACAAAGCUAACAAGGUUUUCUUCCCUCUUUGUGGCAAAGCUGUUGAUAUGAGCUGGUUAGCCAGCCAAGGCUAUAACAUAGUUGGAGUGGAUGGAGUCAAGAAAGCAUUGGAGGAGUUUUUUACAGACCAAGGCAUUGAAUAUUCUGUAGAAGAUGUUAACCACAAUGAACAAACUUUUCAAAUGUUUAAGAGUAAAGAUGAUAUGAUUCGACUCUACUGUACAGACAUCUUUAACUUUACUCCUGACAUUGAAGGAACAUUUGAUGCAGUGUGGGACAGGGGAGCUCUGGUUGCACUAAACAGGGAGGAUGUUUCUGGAUAUGUACAAAAUAUGAAGAGACUUUUAAGUCCCAAUGGUAGAAUUUUAGUUGAGGUCAUGGAAUAUGAUCCUGAUGGUCAAAACAAACACCCGCCACCUCAUCCGAUGUACGAAGAAGAGAUUAGAUCAUUAUAUGAGCCAGAAUGUGAAGUCCAUUUAAUAGAAAGAGUUGAAUAUCAGCUACGUGGCACAGAUAUAUAUACGGUGAUUUACAAUAUAAUAAAGAAACCCUAGUCAUUUGCUAUUAUUAUAAGAAUUAAGAAUUAAAUGUCGUUGUUGCUCUUUUGUUAGUAGCUAAGAAGUAGCUCUCAUCUUCAUCACAGACUUUUUUUUAAAAUGAUGAUUAAUAAUUCUUUCAAAGAAACAUUGCUCAGAUAGCUUUUUCUUUAACAAAUAGUAUUUACAUUAAUGUGUAAAUUAAUUAC